AUGGAGGGCAAAAGCCUAUCAAAAAAUCUUACUGAAGAAAACAACGAACUUAAACAGUACAUCGAUUCGCUAAACAAGGAGUGCAUGGAACUUCAAGCUGCACUUUUCGAAGAAGCAAAUAAAAUGGCACAAAAUGCCUAUGCUGCUGAACACGCUGCCGUUAAGCGAACAAAGGAAGUAGAAAGGGAGAACUUGAUUCUUAAGAAAGAGGUCCAAUCUCUCAAAAAUAGCCUUCGGCUGCAAGUUGAGGAAAAGCGAGAUGUGGUUGCGGUGCGGAGGUCAAUGUCAGGCGUGGUCUCGCAAGCUAACGCAUUGGAAGCCGAGGACAAGGGCAAGGGUAAUCGUCUACGUCGUCUCAGCAUUCUUCUUAACCCCAGUCCCAAUCUUCCUCAAUCCUCUGCUUGUCUCGCAGCGCCUGUAGAUCGGCGUAGGUGGAGCUCCACCUUGAGCACUUCCAUAAUUAACGUUACAUCACAAGAGCCUGUCACUCGCAAAUACCUCCUUGAGGCCCUCACUUCCGGUGUUAACUGUGCUGAAACCUUCUGUCCCGUGGUUGGUCGCACUUCCGUACUCACCUUCAGCCUUCUCAUGCUUGAACGAAAUCCUAUCGAAUUUGUUGACUGGGUGGAUUGUGGAUGCUGUCUAAACUGGCCAGUGAACAGUGAUGGUAGUGGUGGUGAAACAAAUCAACAACCCAUGAUGAGCAUCACCUUUGCUGAUAGCACUUCCAAUGGUGAAGACUUUCGUACACGCAGCGCCUCCGACGUCGGCGAUAUCAGACUUCCUCAUCCUGCUCCGCCUCCGCCGCCACUGCCCUCAUCGAAAGAGCAGGCCUUCUUCCAUCGUUUGGUGCGCGAAGAUAUUGCACCCGCGUUGGCAUUUGCUGACUCCCACAUUUGCGCCGCUCUACCCUUAGCUCUCAGUCGUCUCGGAGUGGAGAUGGAACCUCUCUCAUCCAUCUUCGCGUCCUCCCCUACCACCGAUGUAGACGUCACAGACAUCCCUACCUGUCCUCUCGUGCCCGGUGAACCAGUCAAAUUUAGCCUUAAGCUGGAGAUGGUGAAUGAAGACGAUUCAAUUUCAGUGGAGUGUUGCAACAUCUCAUCGUGGGCGCGCCAACGCAUCGCUGCAGUGGCUGACCUCUUCCAAUACCUCAGCCUCAUUCGUCGAGGCCUGACUGGCACGCCUACCACUCCAGUCACCCGCUCUUCUUCCAACUCUCUGCCUCCUGUCAACCGCGCUUCCCUUUCCCUCACUGUGGACUCGGAUGCCCCCACAGAAUUGAUACGUCGCCAUCAGUUUGAGAAUGUUCAACGUCGUCGGUUGGUUAUCGCCCUCUCGCGUCUUGGUUAUGGGUUGCCUGGAUUGGAAUAA